AUGCGCCUUCUACCUCUCCUCUCACUGUGCGCCCUGACCGCCACGUCGCAGGCCAAGCUCACCUGGGGGAACACCAAGUACCUCUUCGUGUUUGGCGAUUCGUACACGACAACCGGAUUCAACGUUUCUGCGGGGGUCAACUCGACGGACCCAGGCUGGGUCUCUUCAAACGGGCCCAACUGGGUGCAGACUCUUCGGGAUACAUAUAAUGUUGCGGGAACAAAGGUUUUCAAUCUUGCAUUCGGUGGCGCGACCAUAGACUCCAAGCUCGUUACUCCAUACCAGCCGACUGUUCUGUCGGUUGUCGACCAGGUCGCCCAAUUCAAGGCCAUGCUGUCGUCAAAGCCACCCGGUGCUACAUGGGACUCUUCCAAUGCGCUUUUUGCGGUUUGGAUUGGUAUAAACGACGUUGGUAAUGCUUGGUCUUGGACAAACACGACCCAAUCAGCAUUCAACAAGGUCCUCAUGAACCGUCUCGCAACCCAGAUCGACGAGCUCUACUCCUUCGGCGCCCGCUCCUUCCUUUUUCUGACCGUUCCGCCGAUCAAUCGCGCCCCGCUCUUCGUUGCACAAAAUCAGGCCGCUUCGACCAGCCUCCUGGCACAAGACAUUGCGAACUACAACGUGCAGCUGCGCACUACUGCACAGUCGUUUGUUGGUUCCCGGAAAUACCCCGGCUUCGAGGCGACGGUAUUCGAUACGCAGCCCGUGUUCAAUACUUUGUUGGAUGAAGCCAGCGUCUUCAAAUUCGCGAAUACUACUGGAUACUGCGACGCCUACCAGAAUGGAACGCCGAACAUUUCCACCCAGAUUGCACCUUGCGGACCUGUCUCCACUUACUUCUGGCUUAACUCGCUCCACCCCGUUUUUACUCUGCAUAGUAUGCUCGCACAUGCGAUUGCGGCAGUCAUCAGCUAG